AACGCCCCGUGUGUGCCGGGGUGCGUGUACGUGUGUGCGAGAAAGAGAGAAAGAACUCAAGUGACUCUGAGUUGUAAUAAUAAGGUGGCGUUGUUUAUCCAAAGAGAAGGGGCUGGACAUAGUCUGAAUUCAGAGCCAAACUUUUCUUUACUUCCAUUUCCUUCUCUUCACCAAACACCCAGGAGUCUAACACGAACCGCAGCGUCGAGCGAGCAAGGUCAACAGCAGUGGCAGCCCCGCGAGCUGUCAGAGGCACCGGGCCGCCGCGGAGAGAACCUAUCUUGAGUUGUAGAGGGAGAGCGAACGGGCUGAACGAACGGAAAGCUGGAGGAAAGUUGAGUUGAACCGAGUGGCACCAUGUUUAAUAAUCCGGGGACGUACGCCAACAAGAAGAGGAAGAAGCCUGUCCUCAAGCAGAAGAAGGUCGCUGACAACAAUGAAGUUAUUAAAUCGAACCCUUCAAAGCGCCACCGGGAUCGGCUGAACGGGGAGCUGGACCGGCUGAUGGAGCUGCUGCCUUUCCCUGAUGAAGUUCGCUCCCGCCUGGACAAGCUCUCUGUCCUGCGCCUGAGCGUGGGAUAUCUCAGGGUCAAGAGCUACUUUAAAGCUUCCAUGAAGAACGGUAAUGGCAGCCGGGUGCCUCUGGGGGUCAAUGGGCAGAACAUGGACUCCACCGGCUUCUCUGAAGGAGAGCUGCUGCUGCAGGCGCUGAACGGCUUUGUGUUGGUGGUGACGUCUGAAGGAAUGGUGUUUUACACCUCUCCUACCAUCAAAGACUACCUGGGCUUCCAUCAGUCAGACGUGGUCCACCAGAGUGUGUUUGAGCUCAUCCACACUGACGACCGAGCCAUGUUCAGAGAGCAGCUCCACUUUGCCUUAAACCCUCCUCCAGUUGCCUCAGAUGCAGACUUCUCCCAGAACUGUGGAAAUGCAGUGAUGUACAACCCAGAGCAGCUCCCUCCUGACAACUCCUCCUUCCUGGAGAGGAGCUUUUUCUGUCGCUUCCGUUGUCUCUUGGACAACUCCUCCGGCUUCCUGGCCCUGAAGUUCCAUGGGCGAUUGAAGUACCUCCAUGAUCAAAACUUUUCCAGGGACAGUGAGAACUGUAAAAGUAUCCAGCUAGCUCUGUUUGCCAUCGCUGUGCCUGUCCAGUCUCCGUCAAUUGUGGAGAUCAGAGCCAAACUGCUCCUCUUCCAGACAAGGCACAAGCUGGACUUCACACCCACUGGCGUUGACAGCAGGGGGAAGAUAAUCCUGGGUUAUUCUGAGACAGAGCUGUGUAUGAAAGGCUCAGGCUACCAGUUCAUCCAUGCCGCUGACAUGAUGUACUGUGCUGACAACCACAUCCGCAUGAUUAAAACAGGAGAGAGCGGUCUGACUGUGUUCAGACUGCUCAGCAAAUCCAACGGCUGGAUAUGGGUGAACUCUAACGCCAAACUCAUCUACAAAGGAGGGAGACCUGAGUUCAUCAUUGCAUACCAGAAAGCUAUAACCAACGCUGAGGGAGAGGAGUACCUGAGACAGCGGCGGCUGCAGCUGCCCUUCAGCUGCGCCACGGGAGAGGCCAUUCUCUACAGCACUGGGCCCACCAUGGACAUCCCGCAGUUGCAGUUUGACAAAAUGUUUGACAGCAGAAAUACCAAGAGGGACGUGCCCCCCACCUCCCUACUGGACUGCUUCAUGAGUCAGGAUGAAAGCAUGUACAGCCAGGCGGUGGACACCCCCUUACCUGUGGACCAGGUGUUCAUGGACACCCACGCUCUGGUCGCUGUAGCCAGCAACGAGUGGCAGGAGAAGAACUCGUCAGAGGUGCCAGCUGAACCCUUGCUGGUGAAGGAGGAGGCCAAGCAGUCAGUGCUGGCUGUAGUAAACAGCCUGGAGAAGCUGACUCACAGCGGAGACUUUGAGGACAUUCUGGGGAACCUGGAGGUAGACGAUUCUGAGCUGAUGGAGUUGGAAAACUGCUUUAAGAGGUUCCACCAGGAGGAGGAUCCUCAGAGAAGUUCUGGCUCGGAUCUGGACAACUUCAUCACCGAUGAGAUCAUAGACUUUAUUGACUCAGUGUUCAAAGAGAAGGGGGGGGAGUGCUUGAACAGCCUUACCUCGAGCUGCCUUACAGAAGUCAACAAUUUCUCAUCCUCUGAACUGUGUGAGCCACAGCUCUUCCACACUCCAGACCCCGGUUGUUCUUACUCCCUGGUGAGCAGCUGCUAUGAACACCUAGAUGACUCUGUGCUUUCAGGCCAGAGUCUGGCUGAGUCCGCUCCGGACUCAGUGAGACGCAGCAGGAGCCACAAGCAGUCCCAACAGGGUCACACUGACAGCAGCCUGCCGUCGCUGCAGCAGCUGCAGCUGCAUGACAUCUUCAGCCCGGCUAUAGAACUCCCAGCGCUCGCUGCACCCAACAACUCAGUGUCAGAGGCCUUCCCUUCUACCCAACCCUGCCAGAAGCAGCAGGCAUCCAUCAUGCCAGCCGGAUGUUCUCAGGGCAGUUCAGCUCAGGCUCAGCAGCUCCUGCAGCUGGGAAGCAGCAUGGAGGGACCAGAACUAGCAACUGGCCAGAUCCUGCACAAUUCUGCUCAACAUCUGAGCAACAGAGUACCUGGUGUAAAAACUGUCCUGCCACCCACGAUUCCUUAUAGCAACUUCACCUCCACACCUCCUGGUGGCUGUGAUCCAAAGUUUCUGCAGAAGGGUCUGGUGUGUGAGAACCACAGCGCUCAUGUGCAGCAGUGGCCUCAGAGCCAGCAGCAGACGCUGCCGCAUGCUGGCAUCAUCCAGAACGGACAUGAGUCCAUGUCCACAUUCCAGAGCCAACAUCCAGGGAGCCAAGUAUUCCCUAGUUCCGGCUUCUGUCCAGAAAGCGUCAGCAGACUGAGACACCUGGAGCAAGGGGGUCUGGGGACAGCCGGCAGCCAGGACCUCCACAGCAGCUGCAUGUUCCAGCAGCACUUCUCCUCCAACCCAGCAGGGGUAAAACGUCUAUCUCACUAUGGUCCCCCAGACCUCAACGGGGCCAAUGUGACUCUGGAUCAGAGUUCCAGCUACCUACAGUGGAGCCACAGUGAGCUUCCAGUGGGCCCGUCAGCCAUCAACCAGGAGAUGGCCAACAUCGGCCCUCUGGCCCCUGGCAUGGCCCCUGCAGAGAACUCCUGUAACGUGCAGCACUACCUGGACAGCAACACACAGACACAGCAGAACAGCAGAGUCUCCGCUCAGGCUCAAGGACUUUUCAUCAAUCCUGCUCUCAUGGAGUAGAAUGCAGCCUCGUCCAUCGACCGCACGGCGACACAAACUCAAUAUAGCUUGCCUGUAUCAGUGCUUAUCCACAUCACAUAUGUUCUAAUAUUAUAUAUGUGUUUUAUACUUUGUGCAAUUACACAAAUGCUCUUCUCUCUGCUUGUCUGCUUUCGUGACGAUAUACAGUAAUAACAAUGAAGUAUGAAUUUACAAGUGUGUUUACCAGAAUGCAGAUGGAGCCAACCAAAGAUGUUUUAUAAGGGAAACCUGAGCUCCUUCCACCACAUCUGAACUUGAUGUUUUAUUGCAAUCACUAAAGUUUAAAGGACUUAGUAAUCUGGGUAAAAAUAUUGAACUGUGCCAUCAAAUGAGUAGGAUAUCAGAUGAAAUCUGUAGAUUUUAAAUGAAACUGUCAAACUGGUUGAUGUAAUUGUAUAUUUAUUUGUUGAAUUUUUUAUGUGCCUUUUUUAAGGUUUGUUUGUUACAUCAGAAUGCUUUGGCUCUUGAAACCCAACACAUGCAGAAUGCAUCAGCAUAUAUUCAUUUAUGUGCAGUCUAUAGAAAAGCACUUCUUGGGAAAAUGAUUCUAGAGAUUUUGUGUUGGAACAAGCGAGCACUCCUCUGCACCUUUGCACCCAAACCAUUAGAUUCCAUCUGGACUUCACUUUAAGUGCCUUCCUCAGUCUCACUAGGUAUAUAAAAGCCAUUCACAUUCAUCUCUAGAACAUGCUAACAACCAAAGCUUCCCAGACAUUGUCCCCUCACACAAGUGUUCAAUUUCAAGCCAUUCAGCUGCUUCUGUAAAACCAGAAAAGACUGAGAAAACAUGCAGCAGCCUCCAGAUUCCAACACAGCCAUUGAAAUGUAAAAUUUUAUUUCUAACGAAAAAAUACCUGUUAGUUGAUAAAGUAUAUGCAGUAGAUGAUUCAGCCCAAAAUAAAUUUCUAACACCAUAUAAUGAUCUGUUUGUAUCUGAUCCUAAUGCCUUCUGCAGCCACUAUUUACUGUCAGACCUGAACUGAUCUUGGUGGUUCUGAAAUGCAAUACCAAACACAAGCACUAGGUGUCAGUCACAAACUAGCACACAUUUUUGAAAUUGAUGAGAUUGUUGUGCUCAACAUAUUUGAGGAAAUAAUUGCAGUAAAAAAAAGAAUUAUCUUGAAGCUUAUAUGAAGCUGUUGUCAGGCCAGUAGGGGGUCCCAGAAUAUUUUCACAAGCAUUUCUAAAGAUUAAUUUCUAAAAUUUUUAUAAAAAGUCAUUGUAAAAACUAAAUACAUCUUAUUUUAAUUCUAAGGCUUUCAUAAAUCAGAACAUGAUAAAAGAGAUGUGGUUAUCAAGUCCUGAGAAUUUUAAAUCUAACUUCAGGUAAAAACACAGUUUCUACAUUCUGCUGUAAUUUAUUAAAUAAAUGCAAAAUGGAGGAGCUGUUUAUGAAAAACUAAGAGCACCCUAUUAUUCAGUAGCCUCAACAUCCUCCUUUAGCAGAAAUGAUGUAAUUUACACAAAGGAUAAAAUCUCACUUUAUUGUUAGCAUGACAUGGUUUUAGCCUAGCUUCAGGCAGCUUACCUCAUGAGGAACACUUUGGAACGUAGAGGAGAUCAUAGGCAGUCUAAUGCCUGUUAGACUGCAAGGUGCCCAGCUCCUGUGACUGCAAAGGAGGCCUGGAUCAUCAGUCCUCCACCACUGUGCUUUGCAGGUCAAAGAAGGUGUUGAACUGCUGGGAAUAAUGGUCAAACACUUCUUCUGUGGCCAUAUGUGUUUAAUGGACAGCUCUGAAAGUUUGGUGCAUCAUUUAGAUGAAAUUUUGGAGUUAUGUUUAGGAAGAAGAGCCAAUCUUCUUCAGCUCUGUUGUACAAGUCAUGCUUUCUCAAUAUUUUUCUCAUUGCUCUCUCUUGUAGUUGAUCAUGCUGUCACUAAAGCAUAAAAAGUAUGAGGAAGCUCAGACAUUGUCCCAAUGCUUUUGCAUUGAGACAAUGCAAGGGCAUUGUCCCAACAUUUGAAAUUACUUGGACUCCUGGGAGAAAGGCAACUGUCCUCAGCGGUUUCCAGAAUCAUCUGAAAAAGCAUUGCUUUUCAUCCUGUUCCUGGAAACUGUUGCUUUAAAACCAGGUUGGACCUUUGGAUCAGUGGACUCUGUCAGAUCUGAAGUGGUGCUGUGACCCAAACUGGACAUGUGUGAGUCCAUUUUAAAACACACAUCUACUCUUCGAAGUUCCCCCUGCUGAGUUCCCUGCACAUGGACUAGAGUAGAAAAUGUUGUGAUCACACUACAGAGUUCCAGCCCAGGUUGAAAAAAAUAGUAACAAGGUCCUUUGUUCAUUGGAAUGCAAGCUUCCUAAAUGCCCUGUGUGGCUAUGUGGCGUCAGGUUGUUGACAAUAGCUUAAGAGGUAUUGAAACAAAAAGCAGAUGAAUGUGAGACUGGCUCAGACUUGUGAUUCAAACACUGAACUCCCAACACAAAGACACACCCAAACUUGUGCCCUGUGCCUUCAAAUAAAUCCCAACUUUCAGCAAAAAUUCUAUGUUGUUGUAGAGAACGUUUUGCUUUGUGUCUACAUGGUUCUCUGUUUCAGAAAGUACAUAAUUUGCAUCUAACCAGGACAAAUGACAAUGACAAUGGAACAGUGGUGUGACCUGAUGAAAGAAAGUGAGAAUGUGACAAUGCUUUUAGAUCUCAACUUUCUUUGUUUCUCCAGCUUUUUCUGCUCUUUUUGUAAAAUUCUUCACACUACAGAACGAUGUGGGGGGUCUCAAAAAGCCGAGCUAGAUCUGCAGUAACAUGGCAGCUUCUUGGAUUCCUGCUCUUUUCUAGGAAAGCACUCAGUAUUUAAAUUACCUUCACAACUGUCAUGUAUGUUCAUGUGUAUAUUUUAAUGAAAACAUUAGAAUAUACAAAUGAGAAUUUGUAUUCAGUGAUAACCUAAAGAUCUGAUUGUUGAGGCCUUCUUCAUGGCUGUUGUUGGAGAUGUUUCUGCUCCACCAGUAGGGGGAGCUCAGCUGUUGAACUCUGAUGACUGUAGCCACUAUGAAAAACUUGGAGCAGAACUUUUGAGUCAGAGCCAUGUUGGUGAGCUAACAUGAGCUUUGACAGCUGCCAUAUGUCUACUCUUGUAUUAAAAAGAGGAAAGAAAAAUGUAAUUGAAUUUUAUCUAACCAAGUACUUAAACUAUAUCUUUAUCAUUAUAUUACAUGUCUUUGUAUACUGUUAUAUGCUUUUUUCAUAAACAUGUAUAAUCAUUC